CCCGCCGGCUCCCGCCACGCUCGCAUCUCCGCACUCCGUUCCGCCUACGUCCCGCACGACUCCGCGCCCACCAUGGCCUCCAUCCAGCAGCUGGUAGGGAGAUGGCGCUUAGUGGAGAGCAAAGGCUUCGACGAGUACAUGAAGGAAUUAGGCGUGGGGAUGGCUCUGCGGAAAAUGGGCGCCAUGGCCAAGCCAGACUGUGUCAUCUCUUCCGACGGCCAGCACCUCACCGUCAAAACCGAGAGCACGUUGAAGACCACCCAGUUCUCAUGCAACCUGGGAGAGAAGUUUGAAGAGACUACAGCAGAUGGCAGGAAAACUCAGACCGUCUGCAACUUCGUCAACGGCGCGCUGGUCCAGCACCAGGAGUGGGACGGGAAGGAGAGCACCAUCACGCGGCGGCUGGAGGGCGGGAAGCUGGUGGUGGAAUGUGUCAUGAACAAUGUCAACUGCACUCGGGUCUAUGAGAAAGUGGAAUAAAAAUCCCAUCAUCCUUCCAGACGGGAAUUAGCCAUGAGGAUAAACGAGCUCAGUUCAAUGAGCAAAUCUCUCCAUGCCUUUUUCCCAUUUCUGUGUUCAGUUAUCACAACCAUUUUACCUGCAGCUGUUUCUGAGUUGGUUUAAUUAAGCUCGACCAUUUCGUUAGUAAAUAAAUGUGUUUAUGCUA